AUGACUACUAAUUCAGUUGUAAGUCAACUUAUUGUUGACAAAUCGAAAUGUGAAUCAAUUGGUACUCAUUUACCAUCGUUUGAUCGUAACCAACUUAAACACGGCAUUGUUCAUUUGAGUGUUGGAAAUUUUCAUCGUUCACAUUUAGCAUACUAUAUGGAUGUAUUAGCAAGUGAACAUCAAAAAACUGAGUGGGGUAUUGUUGGUAUUGGAGUUCGCUCAUUUGAUAAACCGAUGAGUAUUGUAAUGAAUAAACAAAAUGGUUUAUAUACAUUAGUAACAAAAGGUACUGAUGAAAAUGAUGUUAAUGUUCGUAUUAUUGGUUCUCUGAUAAAUUAUAUUUACGCACCUGAUGAACCUGAAAGUGCUUUAGCAGUACUUGUACAUCCUGAUACGAAAAUUGUUUCAAUGACAAUCACUGAAAGUGGCUACGAUUUAGAUAUGAAUAAUGUUGAUAUUCAACAUGAUUUAUCAAAUUCCGAUAAACUUAGAACAGUAUUUGGUUUCAUUACCCAUGCAUUAGAUGCACGUCGUCGUGCUAAUAUAAAACCAUUUACAGUUAUGUCAUGCGAUAAUGUUCAACAAAAUGGUGAAGUUAUAAAAAAAUGUAUUCUACAAUUUGCUAAAAGUUUAAAUAAUACUGAAUUAAUCGAAUAUAUUGAAACACAAGUAACGUUUCCAAAUGCUAUGGUUGAUCGCAUUACACCAGCAACAACUGAUGCUGAUCGUGAAUAUGUUCGCUCCCAUUGUGGUAUUGCUGAUGGAUGGCCAGUUAUAACUGAACCCUUUAUUCAAUGGGUCAUCGAAGAUUCAUUUUGUAAUGGACGACCUCCACUCGAAUUACUUUCUACUACACCCUAUAAUGUGCUUCUAACGGAACAUGUAGAAGCAUACGAAUGUAUGAAAAUGCGUCUUUUAAAUGCAUCACAUACAAGCAUGUGUUAUAUCGGUCAUUUAAUGGGUUAUAAUUAUAUUCAUGAAAUAAUGUUAGAUAAACAAAUUGAAAUCUAUAUUGAACAAUUAAUGAAUAUUGAAAUAACUCCAACUUUACCACCAGUACCUGGUAUUGAUCUUGACAAUUAUAAACGUACACUUAUUGAACGUUUCUCAAAUCCAUACAUUAAAGAUACUGCAUUACGAGUAUGCAUGGAUGGAGCAUCGAAAUUUCCUAAGUUUCUUGUGCCUACUAUUGUUGAACAACUUAAACGAGGAAUGAAUCCACAUUUUUGUGCAUUGUCUGUUGGCGCUUGGAUACGAUAUUUAAGUGGAUUUGAUGAAGAAAAUAAGUCAAUUAUAUUACAAGAUGCAUUAGCUACUGAACUUAAACUUAGUGAAAUAGCAACACAAAUAAAACCAGGUGCUAAGCAAAUUUUAGAUAUCAACCAAAUUUUUGGUGUACUAGCUGAAUAUCAACAUUUUACUGAAGCUGUUGAAAGAGUUGUUCAUCUUUUAUAUGAAAUCGGUUCGAAAAAAACACUUCAACAAUGGAUUAAUGAAGCCCCAACCAAGAAAUAA